AGCAAACGUCUGAAAAAAGGCCAAUACUAAGGUGCCGCUAUAAAAAGUGCGGCAUCGGUGACGCACUCUCUGAUUGAGCCACCUAAGGUAUGAUGUGGCAGCGGUUGGAUUCAUUAAAAUCAAUCCAACUCCAUGGCUCACGAGAACUGGUUCAAACCAAAAGCUGCCCAAAGUAACGGACUAAGAGCUUCCGUCUUUCAAUAUUUGAAUCCAUCUUCCCUCACUAUUUUUGUAUUCAUGAAAUUAUUUGAAGUUCAUUUGACAGCAUUUGUUUAUCUAUGGAGUGAAAGAAGGAUCCAAAAACAUAGCAAAGGGUCGUCUUCCCCGGUCUCCCGGCUGAGUGUGAAAGGAACAAAAUGCUCUGACGAACUUCUGCGCCAGCGAUGUAAUCUCCCAUAUAUCUUCUUCGAUUCAGCUCCACAAAAAUCAUGCACUAUCUCUGUUCUCUAUAUCGCAUUCCCCUGAUUUUGGCCCCCACGUCCUAGAUCCGAAUUCCGAUACUGCGUCGGCCUAUCUGUUCGCUUGGUUCUGUAGGGUUUAUGGGGUCGUAACGCCAGAUAGUAUUCGAUGUGAACCCCCCUCAUACGUGGUCGACAUUGCUGCUCUUGUUUAUCCAAUUAUUCAAAAAGGUUAAGAGGUGGAGGAAAAGUUGUUGCGUUGAUUUAUCUAAGGUAGGUUCUGGGUUAGCAAACUAGCUUUUUCUUUCAAUUUCCAUUUCCUAGGUCGACGAAGUCGGGCGUUCUUCAUUUAAGUGCUGGUGAGGUUGAGGAAAAAGACCGGUUUUGAUCAACAAGCAUUGGGUGGAUUUCAGAACCCCGUCGUCGACCAUUGCCAAUUCAGGCCAUCUUAAGUUCCGUGAAUCUUCUGCUAAGUAAAACCCCCUCUAGUUGAUCGUGAAUGAAGGAAACUCGUUAUUGAAAUUUGUGGAUGUUAAAUGAGCGAAUGAUCGUGAAUGAAGGAAACUCGUUAUUGAAAUUUGUGGAUGUUAAAUGAGCGAAUAAGGUAUUGGUUGGUAAUGGUAUUCUAGGGGCCAAGUUGAAACAACCGAGGCUAAGUUUGAGAAUCACCAGAAGUCUAUAAAGGUGUGAAAGAAAAGCAACUGCUUAACUUCCCAGAACACAACAGUUCCUUCCAUCCAGUAGCUGCAACACUCUCGUAUCAUAGUCAUAGGAAUGUCGGAAGAAUCAUACUUUUUGAUGGAAGUAUAGAUCACUUAGAGCCUGAUCGAGUUGCAGUCUGGUCUGAAUUGGCUGGUGAGUUUACUUUGGUUCCGUGGUCUAUAAUUAUGUUGAAUUCUUGAUAAGGGAUGACUUUUGACUGUUAUCAUUCGCAGGUGAUUGAAGAAUUUGAUUGAAGAAUGCAAAGGAUGCAUGCAUUUUUCAUUUACACAUUGAGACAGACAUUGAGAUAUAUACCGGAACAAUUAAUACAUUAUUAUCGUUUGUGAAAAAACAACAGAAGCUAAACUUAUAUGUUUCUUGAGGAUUACUACUUGGAUCUAUAGUUAAACCUUACCAUCUAAAAGCUUCCACGAACAUGUAUCCACGAUAUAGACAUUACCAACAUAACAGAAUAUUAAAAAAAAAACCACAGUUUAACAAAAAAAUCAAACUAGAGUUUACAUCAUUUCAUGUUCUUCUGCAACCUGCAUAAACGCAGAGGUUAGGCAUAAGAUCUUAAAAACCAUAUGAUCAUACAUCAUUAGACAAUGACAAGGGCAAAAGAUGAAAACAGAGAGCAGAACUAAAACUCAGUUCAAUUAAAAGAUCUGAAGCAACGAAAAAAAAGACAACGACAUUGGUCAUAUUUCAAUCUUUUCAUCACUGGGAAACAAAUUCAUCAUCAACUAUACAUAAGCAUUUCCAUUCUACUGCCCUCUUCCUUCAACUGCUCAUAACUAUAUCAUCCCAUUACGAGCUACUAAUGCUCAAGGAUGAUUUUUUUGUAGCUUUGGAGAUCUCCACCAUGCGCUGAGAAAUCGCCGUCCCAUCACCUGGAGCAACGGAAAAAUGCUUCAACCAAUGGAAAAUUGCUUCAACUUACGCUUAAGCCAGCAAACUGGAGCUGCAACUGCAAUUAACCAAAUAGAUUUCCAUCAGGAUGCUACAUGCCACGGUCUCUGAUGAUGUAUGAUCAGUAACAAUAGAUUCCUAUGGUAUGGGAAGCAUCAUACUCAUUUGCUAAGGGUUAAAUUGCUAACCUGUAACCCCAUCGAACAUGAUCCAAGCUCCCAAACCUUUAAAUUAUUUAAAGCAGUCAUUCACGGUACCUAGUUCUUUUUUUUCGUUGAAUCACAGUACCGUUACUCACGGUACCUAGUUCACAUACCAUAACACUACCCAUGUUUAUGCCAACUGAAAAAAGCACUUAGCUGCAGACACUACCCAUGUUUAUGCCAACUGGAAAAAAAGUACUUAGCUGCAGAAUGCCCCAAAUGCACUGGUAAAGCAAUCAAUAUAUGAAGCCAAGAGUAUAAUCUCAAACAUCAGAGCAAGAAAAGCUCCAUCAGGGAGUAACAUAAUGACAAAGUAAUUUAGUUCAUAUAGUUUACUAAUAACAUAAUGACAAAGGAAUCACGUCAUCAUCAAGGUCUGGUUCUUCCAUUUCAGAUGCCAUGAAAGCAUAUGCUAAACGUUGAUAAGCAGCAGCUUAUAAUGAAGAUGCACGAACAUAGGUAAACUGGCCAAGUACAUUUCCUCGUAGUUUAAUUAUGAGAAGAAGUAAGGCAGCUUACAAAAUCUAAGUCUUCUUCAACAUAAUCAGCAGAAUGGACGACUCCACUUUAAGUAUGGCUCUUAAACUUCAUUCGAUCUUCUUGAUUCAACUGUGACAAAUACGGUUACCAGUAAAACAAAUGGUGUUUAUAAACUAACUGUUUUAAUGAACAAAAAGUCGGCAAAUUAGGGACUGAUGUCUCAACAGCUAUUUGGACUUCUUCAGGACAGGGAAGCUUCUCACAGAGGUAAACUCCACCUACCUGGCUCUUAUACCUAAAAUGCUAAAUGAUGACUGCAUGAAGCAGUUUAGGCCUAUCUCCUGCUGUAACAUCUUUUAUAAAUGCAUAGCUAAGGUCCUUGCAAACAGAUUACGAGAGGUUCUUCCCCUAGUUAUAAGUCAAAACCAAUCUGCCUUCAUUAAAGGGAGACUCAUUAGUGAUAAUGUGUUGCUUGCUCAUGAGAUGGUUAGGCUUUAUAAUAGGAAAUCUGUAUCACCUAGAUGUGCUUUAAAGGUUGACAUAAUGAAGGCAUUCGAUAGUGUGGACUGGGACUUCUUGGAAACAGUUAUGGGGGCAAUGGGGUUUCCUAGCCAGUUUGUAAAAUGGAUCAGUAUAUGCCUGCACAGUACCAAGCUCAGUGUUAGCUUUAAUGGGGGCCUCUGUGGUUAUUUCUCUUCAAAAAAGGGGUUGAGGCAAGGGGACCCUUUGUCCCCUUACCUAUUCACAAUCUCAAUGGAAGUGUUGUCUUGUAUGUUGAAUAGGGCCUAUGUGCUCAAAACUCUUCCCCCACAUCCCCAAACACAUAGGAUAGCUCUAUCCCACCUUUGUUUUGCGGAUGACUUGCUCAUUUUUACUAAAGGGACUUGUGAGGCAGUGGAGACCACAAAACAGAUCCUAGACAUAUUCUAUACUGUGUCAGGAUUGAAAUGCAAUCCAACAAAAAGUGAAGUUUUCUGUGCUGGAAUAGAUGCUGAAACUAAGGGUCAAAUCACUAUGAGAACUGGAUUUGUAGUUGGGGCACUUCCAGUACGUUACUUGGGAGUCCCCCUGAUUGCUGGGAAGUUAAAUACUGCUGAUUGUGCUGCUUUAGUUGAAAAGAUAACUGCUCGAAUUAAGGGUUGGAAUGUCAGAGCUCUCUCCUAUGCUGGGAAACUGCAAUUAGUUACAGCUGUUAUUUCUAGUAUAACACAAUACUGGAUGGGGAUUAUUACUCUGCCUGUCAAAGUGAUCAAGCAGGUUGAAAAACUCUGCUCUGAUUUUCUUUGGAAUGCUGAGGAGGACGGAAAAAAGGCAAAGAUAAACUGGAAAUAUGUGGCUAGGCCAAAACAGGAGGGAGGUUUGGGGUUCAAGGAUCUCAGAAGUUGGAAUUCUGCCUGUCUUAUCAGGCAUCUAUGGGCGUUGGCUUCUAAUUCCUCCUCUCUAUGGGCUCACUGGGUUCGUCAGUAUCAGCUCACCUAUACAUCUAUCUGGGACAUUCCAUCUUCAAUAAACUGUUCUUGGGCAUGGAGGAAGGUCUUAAUGCAAAGGGACUAUGCAGAGAACCAUCUAUCUGUUAGACAUUCUGAGGUCUAUUGGGAUGGCCAGCUUAUGAGCAAGUACUCAGUAAAGAAAGUUUGGGAGUCUCUUCGACCCAAAUAUGAUAAGGUUCCUUGGUAUGGAUUAGUCUGGAAAUCUCUAUGUACACCUCGAGACAAAGUUCUUGGGUGGCUUAUUAUCCUCAACAGGAUAAGCACAUUGGACAAGGUGCAGGCUUGGAGUCCAUCUGUUAACAACAUAUGUCCCCUAUGUACAGCUGCACCAGAGUCAAGAAGUCAUUUGUUUUUUGAUUGCCCUUAUUCUCAAAAGGUCUUGCAGGCUGUCUUUCACUCGAGGUUCCAAGUAGGAGGAAGCUGGGAUGAGAACUUGGCGAUUGCUUUAGGCCGGUUUAAAACAACUUCACCAAAUUCUGACAGGGGCAGGCUGUUUUGGUUGACAGUGGUGAGUGAGUUAUGGCGAGAGCGGUGUCGACGGUUGUAUGGUAACGAGACUCUAACAGAGGAACAGCUGCUGAAGAAACUGCAGCGGAUGCUGCUUUUACUAAGGAGUGGUUUCCCUCAAGUUAGUUCAGUAGUCAGUGAGGCCGAGAUAAUCAGUAUAGUGUAACACAUUUGUUUGAUUCUUGUUUUUAGACAGGUUUGUUGUUGUUAGCUGUUGUAGUUGUAGCCAGGGUGCUUGCCACAGUCUCUGUAAUCAGACAGUUUGUAGCUUGGUACCAGUUAGAAUGGUGUUUUACCAUUCUUUCUUGAUGAAUACACAACUUAUUCAUCAAAAAAAAAAAAAGUCGGCAAAUUGAUGAUCCAUUCACCUGCUUAUCUAGAGUGUAAAAGUCAGUGUCAUGUUCCGAGUAUACAAUGUCAGCUUGAAGUAACAUAAAGAAGAAGAAGAAAAAACAGAAGGAGAGAAUGUUAACUAGAUCUGAACCAGGAUAUCAAAGAAUGACUUACAAAUUCAUGCAAAAGGAUUUUCUUGAUGCUUUCAUAUUCAUUAAACCUUUGAGAUCAUCAGUUCUAAGCCACAGUGAUAUAUCCUUCCUAGCCACGGUUCUGAACAAGCAAACAAAACUCGCACGAAUCAAUAUGAAAUUCGAUGAAACCAUAUCUAAGUCAAACUGUUUGGAUAUUGGAACCAAAACAAAAUUAGAUCUCUAGAAGUUCAUAAUCCAAAGGAAACAGUUACCUCAUUGAAUCACGGCUCAUUGGCUGAUGUCAGAGAUGAAACGGAUACGGUGACAACCCCCUUGGGGGUUGUCAGAUUCACAACCAAGGGUAUUUUGGGUAUGAAAAAAAGGAAUAUAUUAAUUACCUUUUU